CGUAUUUCCACGCAUUGAAAGCAACAAAACAACAUAUGAAACAGCCAAUGGCGCGCAUCUUUUGAAUCUAAGAGCGGCAAGCGGGUGGGAAAAGACCAGUUGCGGCGUCUUACAUUGAUGCGUUUGUGUGCUUACGUUGGAGGUCGCUUCCGCUCGAGAUAGAGCCGGUAAAAUCAGCGAUCGCCAUGGGAUCUGCUUUGUCGUACCAUAGCCGUUCGAGAAAUAUUACGAUCAUUCAAAACAAGAUUUCGCAAGAGCAGAGAUGCCUGCCUGUUGUUGUGGCUGUGUGUAAUACAGAAACGCAGAUCAACACUGGAAAAUAUACUCAUUUAUCAGACGCUCUUUUGUUGAAGAUUUUCUCAUAUUUUACAAUUGAGGACUUGAUGCGCAUAUCAAGAGUCUGUCAGCAAUGGCGCCGCGUAGGCCUGGAUCCAAGUUUGUGGCGGAGCGUUGAUUUGUCCUCUUGUGCCCACGCGCGAAUCCGCGACAGGACCGUAAUUUGUUUAGUUUCGCGCGUUACGUCCUCUGCUAUCACGUACAUUGAUCUUUCAGGAUCUGGGUGUUCUCGUCUUACAAACGUUAGCUUGUUUCACAUCGCCCGUCAAUGCCACAAACUUCGCAAACUUUGCGUCUGCAAUCGCAAUCGAAUCACGAGCACUGGAAUCGAGAUGGUAGCAAGACAUUGUCCUUAUUUGGAAGUUCUCAGAAUGUCGAAAUGCCCUCUUAUACUAUCUCGGGGACUCGGCUUCGUGUUGCGUCGCUCAAAGCUGUUACGAGAACUCGACGUUAGUGGAUGUUUGUGGGUCACUGAUGCGGUUCUCGCUGAGAUCGGACAGCUUUGUGUUUGUUUAGUUUACCUCAGUAUCGAGGGCUGCAAAAAAGUCACGGACAAUGGCAUAGUCAAUCUCGCGAACUCAUGCACCACUAUUAAACACAUCAAUCUACGGAACACCAAACGAAUUUCUAACGCAGGAAUGGAACAAUUUUUAACCAAGUUGCCCGACCUAGAGGGUCUGGAAAUUGGUUUGGUCCGUAAAGGUCGCGGAACCGCUGCCGUGUUGAACCUUGUAGCGACACACUGUAAGAACCUUACGUUUUUUGACUAUCAAGAGUGUCUUCCCACUCCUGUAGAUGACGUCCUUUGUCAGAUCGCCGAACAGUGUCAGAGAUUGCGCUUCAUGGGAGUCAGAUAUCAGUACCAGACUCUCUCAAAUAACUUAGUGCUCACUUUGACAAAAUUGUGUCCGAGCCUCGUCAGAAUUGACGCAAGUUUGCGCUUUUAUAUAUGAAUUUAUCUGCGCUGAAUUGAAAAGAUGGUCCGAAGUAAGCUUCGAAUAAAAAAAAGAAAAAAAAAAGAAAAAGAAAGAAAAACAAUAUAAAAAUUCAUCUUUGAAUAAAAUACGUUCCCAUAGUUACACAUCGCAUAACCUGACUUCAAUAGCUAACCCAAGGUAAACAAUUCCUAAGGGAGGUGACAUGAGAUAAUAUCUGUGAGAAAGUACCUUAGAGGAAACUGAAGCAUUACAGAUGGUGUGGUUUUCUAAAGAAGUGUAAUUUUUUAGCGUAAUCACCUUGAAAGGAGCUGUCAUUGUUGGAUUUGAAACCAAAAUGAGAGAAAUCUUAACAGACGAUUAUUGACUCUAGAAUUAGAAGAUUGCAAUCGAGGUUGUUGACGAAGUAACGUUCUCACUACGGAAGCCAAAAUGGUCCGAAGAGUCUUUAUGAUUCCCUCACAUUGACUCUUGUUCGCCUUGUUAGGCCAUGGCUGCUCUAGGUUUUUCAAUUAAAUUAUAGAUGACUGCCGGUAGGAUAGAUUAUUGUCUUAACGUUAGUAAGAUUGUCGUUUGUAGUGAAUGUAUAGCAACUUUAGAUUUUGACAAUUUUGUCUUAUAGAAACAAAAUAAAAUCAGGCUUGACGAGUGGAAAAACUUUGCUGAAAUUGGACAAGGAGAAAGAAAAAUAAGGAUCGUCCUAUUUGUUUCUGAUUGGAUGUUUAAAAAUAAAACGGCUUUUGCAUUGCUUUUCCAUUGCACUGAAGCAUUCUCCAAAGUCCGCUUCCCAGAAAAGUGGAAAAAGACAAGUCUGUUUGAUAAAUUUCUCUCUGACUAGGCUAAUUUCUUCUCCUUUCGUGCGAAAUAUGUAG